AUGCUUGUGGGCGCCCGAAGGGAGAUUAAGCCAGGGCGGUUUCGACGGCGAGAGCGUGUGCGUUCUCGAAGAAAAGGGGCGUGCAUUUUUCCCACAGGGCUGAAGACUGAAAUGGAGGGGCGCCCUGCUCGUGUGCGCCCAUGUGCGCCUUCGCCAUGUCUUGCCGGAGAGAUGCAUACGCUGGCGCCAGGUGUGGUUGAGCGACAGCACUUGCACUCUGCGCCCACGCGAUGGCAAUAUGGAAGUGCGGCCUGGUCUGGCGCCCUUUGGUUCCACGCAGCGGUCAGCAUGUGCGGGGCCUGCCCGUCGAGGCGUAUAGUAGUGUGGCGCUGGCGGUUGGUCUUUUUUUACGCCAAACGCCAAAAGCCAAAAGCCAAACGCUGGCCGCGGUCGCUGGCCGGCAGAGAUGAUUCAGUAGGCCAUGGAAGCGGCGGGAUGUGGAGUAGAUGUGCGGCCACGAGGCAUGACUUCAUCCAGCAGCGCUGCAUGGGCAGGGCAGGGCAGGGCAGGACAGGGCAAGGCAAGGCAAGGCAUGUGGUGGAUCAGCAAACUCAGUGA